GUGCGUGGCUCGCUGCUGGUGCUGAGUGCGGACUCGGCGAGGCAAGAUGUACAACUGGAUCCCGAACCCGGACACCGCGCUGGGCAGGGGUCCUGAGGAGCGGGAGCCUGGCCCCGUGAGCUGAGGACAGCCCGCAGAGCAGGGUCCCCUGGGGAAGGCCUGGCCCCCGACUUGGGGACACCGCAGAGAGCAGGGUCCCCAGGGGAAGGCCUGGCACCGUGAGCUGGGGACGCCAGGCAGGGCAGGGUCCCGGGAAGGGAGGGACUGGAUCUGAGAGAGAGACACUGCUGCUUGUCCCGGGAGGCGCCAGCACGGAGUGAGUUGCAGUGGGAGGUGCUGUCCCCAGGUUGACGGCCAUCACCGGCGCCCCUUAGCGCAGAGCAAACUGGGAAGGCGAACUGAGAGCCCGCCUGGCCUGUGAGGACUCACUCCGCUGGAGGGCCAGCCUGGAGGAUUCCGAGCUGGCCACACAGACGUCAGAUAGGAUCUGCGAUCUAUUGUCUCCUGGCCAGGGCUGGGGUCACUGGUGGCCCAGCCUCCCCUUAGGCCUUGUUGCUAUCUCAAGCUUCGGAUACCACGUACUGCCUCUACAUGUGGGGGCUGUGCAAGCAGCACCCUUAACGGGAAGAAGGGUGGGACUGGCUCUUCAGACAGUGACAGGAGUUCAGUGCUUAACGUGUGGGAACCUCAGGUGACAUCCAAGAUCUGGGGGAAGGAGGCUGGCAGGAAGCUGUUUGAAAAGAAGAAAGAUGGAAAGUGGCACAGUUCUGCUGGAAUCCAAAUCCUCCCCACUUCACCUGCUUCGGGAAAUGCACAGGCUCCGCCUGCUCGGCCACCUGUGUGACGUCACCAUCAGCGUUGAGUACCAGGGCGUCCGAGAAGACUUCAUGGCUCACAAAGCGGUGUUGGCGGCCACCAGCAAGUUCUUUAAGGACAUGUUCCUAAACGAGAAGAGUGUGGACGGGACCAGGACUAAUGUGUACUUACACGAGGUGCAGGUAGCUGACUUUGCCUCGUUUCUUGAGUUUGUCUAUACCACCAAGGUCCAGGUGGAAGAAGACAGGGUGGAACGGAUGCUGGAGAUGGCAGAAAAGCUCAAGUGUUUGGACCUGUCCGAAACUUGUUUCCAGUUAAAGAAGCAGAUGUUAGAGUCGGUCCUUUUAGAAUUGCAGAAUUUUUCGGAGUCUCAGAAGGCCGAGGCCGGCAGUGGCCCCCCAGCCAGUGCUGCUGUGGACUCCAGGGCAGGUUCAGCCAGGGACAGUGCCCAUUGCAACGGUCUUGUGGGCUCCUCAGAUCACUCUGGGGACAGGAUCAGCAACAGCUUGUCAUCAGAUAUACCACCGAGGAAGCCCAAGGAGAAGCUAGACAGGAAAAGAGAUGUGGCCAAACCUCCCUACCCUAAAAUCAGAAGAGCAAGUGGAAGGCUGGCUGGGAGAAAGGUGUUUGUAGAAAUCCCUAAAAAGAAGUACACAAGACGACUCCGAGAGCAGCAGAAGAGUGCGGAGGACGUGGUGGGGGCGGAUUGCGAGUGUCCCCGGGAGCAGCCCGCCAGCAGUGUGGCUGCAGAGACUGAGGCUGCCGGAGAGACAAAGCUGGAUGCGGAGAUGGCACCCGCAGAGAUGGUGCCGGCUGCAGCCGGAAGCCAGGACUGCGCCGAGGAGCCCGAGGGAGUGCUGCAGAGGGCGAGGGCAGCGGAGCCUGGGAAGGAGGCUGAGGGUGAAGGCGAUGGCAAUGGUGACGAGAGCAGGAAGAAAAGCAACUUGAAGUGCACGCUCUGCGACAAGGCCUUCCUAUACGAGAAGAGCUUCCUGAAGCACGUCCAGCAGCACCAUGGCGUGGCCACCGAGGUGGUGUACCGCUGCGACACCUGCGGCCAGACCUUCGCCAACCGCUGCAACCUCCGAAGCCACCAGCUGCUCGUGCACAGCAGCGAGCGCCACUUCCCCUGCGAGCUGUGUGGGAAGAAGUUCAAGCGCCAGAAGGACGUGCGCCGGCAUGUGCUGCACGUGCACGAGGGCGGUGGCGCCCGCCACCGCUGCGCCGAGUGCGGCAAGGGCCUGAGCUCCAAGACAGCGCUGCGCCUGCACGCGCGCACCCACACGGGGGACCGGCCGCAUGGCUGCCCCGACUGCGGCGCGCGCUUCUCGCAGCCCUCGGCGCUCAAGACUCACAUGAGAAUUCAUACAGGGGAAAAGCCUUUUGUCUGUGAUGAGUGUGGGGCGAGAUUCACUCAGAACCACAUGCUGAUUUACCACAAAAGGGUCCACACAGGUGAAAAGCCUUUUAUGUGUGAAACAUGUGGCAAGAGUUUUGCUUCUAAGGAAUACUUAAAGCACCACAAUAGAAUCCACACUGGCUCCAAACCCUAUAAGUGUGAAAUGUGUUUUAGGACUUUUGCACAGCGGAACUCACUCUACCAGCACGUGAAAGUCCACACAGGGGAGCGGCCCUACUGUUGCGACCAGUGCGGGAAGCAGUUCACCCAGCUCAACGCUCUCCAACGCCACCGUCGCAUCCACACGGGGGAGAAGCCGUUUAUGUGUAACGCGUGUGGACGGACAUUCACCGACAAGUCCACCCUCCGUCGGCACACCUCAAUCCACGAUAAGAAUACUCCAUGGAAGUCUUUCCUUGUUAUUGUAGAUGGCUCACCCAAGAACGAUGAAGAGCACAAGACAGAGCAGCCUGAUGAAGAGUACAUGCCCCCCAAACUUCCAGAGAAGUUGCUGUCCUUUGCCGAAAACGGCCACUUUGACAGCCUGGCUGUGCCGGGCUCUGCACCUGCUGAGCAAGAGAACAGUGCCCCACACACAGCGUGCAAGGUGGACGCCUCUGUGGUGUCCCAGGACACUCUGCUUGCUACCGCCAUGGGUGAGCUCGGCGAGCUGACCCCACAGACAGACUCGAUGCCCACACAGCUUCACUCUCUGAGUAGCAUCGAAUGAGUGGUCUGCUGGUGACAGCCCUGCUCCACGAUGCACCAGCAGCUGAGAAGUCUCUCACUGUCCAUGUGCAAGGUGUGGGCUGGGGUGGCUUUCUGCCGAUGGUCCUGACCGUGCACGUUUUCAUCACACCACUUACAGAUGUUUCCCUCUGGCGCCCUGACUUGCAUGAUCUGUGCUCCCUGAGCCCUGGUGCAGGCCGUGUGCACUGCCCGAUUCUCCUGAAGCUUGGCCCACUCUUGUCCAUCGCACAGAACGCGGCACUGCCCAGCUCCCGAGUGCUCUUCAGAGUCUUCCUGGUCCCGCCCUGCCUUAUACUCCAUGUGCUUUAAAGUGUUUUCUGCCAAGCCAAAAUACAGCCAGGACUGUAAUUUCAGCUGCUGCUUCCUUGUUGAGCUGAAGCAGUCAGACCUGUGGGAACCCUGACAGGGGCCUGAAGCAAAGGAUUACUGCAUUCAUUCCUCCCCGCCUCCUACUUGCAGACCCUAAAACAGGAAUGACAAAUUGAACUCUGUCAGAAGCCAGCAUGUUGCAUAGCACACAUGCAGCUGAGGAGUUUAAGAAACCUACUUGGGAAAUGACAUAUGGCUGUUUAGUUUCAUUGCUAAAAAGAGGCUUAGGUGAAAGCUGUCCUACCAAAGAGUCUAGUGAGACAGUGUAGUACUUUACACAGGCAUGACACAUGCAGCAAGGGGCUUUAGGUCACUUGAACGUCAUUUUAUUGACAUGUAGUAAAAUGAGGGGUGAUAAGGGCAAGUCUCACAAUGUGAAGACGUCAUGCUUUUGCUAGGUUUUUCUCAAUUGAUUUGUCAUUCCAGAAACCCCCACCGCCUCCUUUGCAAGCUGAGAGUUUGCAGCCAGGUAGGAGUCCCCACAGAUUUGCUCCCUUAGGAGCAGCAAGAGCCUAGAAGGGCCUCGGACCGUGCCUUACCAAGCAGCUGGACAGAGCCAGUAAGAUGGGCUUCAGUGCUCCUCUGGCUGACUCCUGCUAGACUAAGUCACUGCUCAGAAACAGUGGAAAGGAUUCUGCUGUCACCGCUGCUCCAGGCACCUGGGUGUGUGGCUGUGUUUGUGAAAGGCUUUGAUCCAAAUGUAACCCUAAGCGUAUUAAUUUCAGAGGAGUGACUUCAAGGGAGAGUUCUGUUCCCCAGUUGAUUUUUUCCCCUGCAUCCUUAAUUUAUUAAACAUGCUGUGCACACACCAGUCCUCCCGGAGGAAGGUGCCUCACCCCUGCACUGAGGUAGGCACUGGGCUGGAAACAGGAGGUUCCUUCCUUCUGCAGCACUCACUGUAUGACUCCUUAGUGGGUCUGAGGACUGGGAAAGCCUGUGGCCCUCGGUGCUGGAGACAUUUCACACUGCACUUGACAGUCACCCUGAACUACUUCAUUCAGUUGUGACCGUGUCAUUGUGUCCCAGCUGUGUUUACAGAACAAAACUUUUGUGUGACUGCACACAGCCCUUCCAGUCUGAAGAGGAGACUGCCCAGCUGAUGGAUUAUUUUAUGGGAUAAAGUCAGCUUGAUGGAAAGGAAUUCAAACAAUAGAGUAUUUUGUUACCUGCUGGAAGAAUUUCUGUCUUGAAUUUGUUUCUUUAGAAGUUCUGCACAAAAUUGUUUAAUGUGUUAAUAAAUGUCUGCUUUUUGAAGUA